ACGUCACGGCACAGUCUUCCGCAUUCUAAGAACUACCGUCUACCAUAGAGAGUUCGGCGGCACAGCACAGUCUUGUCUAGGAAAUAGCAGUUACCAUCGAGACGUGCAAAGAGCGCUGUAUUGUUAUCUAUGGCUGGGAGGACAGAUUCCCCACGCUAAUCUCGCAGCUCCUCUCCUAUUAACUUUAAGGGGUUCAUCUCCAGCUCUAAGCGAGUUCCUCCCGAUUGCUGGGCCGCACAGGAGAUCUGCCGGCUCCGGACUGAGAAUGUAGGGUGGCCUCGCCCGUGUCAUUGGAUAUUGCUUAUUCCUCUGCCAGUCACAGGAGCGCUUUGUUUCUGCGGUGAAGAUACCUGCGUACCGUUUCCCUUCAUAGGGAGUGUAGGCUCUCCCCAGGGCGCUUACAUAGGGCACUAAGAGCUGCACUUUCACUUGCCAGGGGCCACAGGAGCUGCCCUUUAGCCCGCCAGGGGCCACAGGAGCUGCCCUUUAGCCCGCCAGGGGCCACAGGAGCUGCCCUUUAGCCCGCCAGGGGCCACAGGAGCUGCCCUUUAGCCCGCCAGGGGCCACAGGAGCUGCCCUUUAGCCCGCCAGGGGCCACAGGAGCUGCCCUUUAGCCUGCCAGGGGCCACAGGAGCUGCCCUUUUACUUGAUGGGGACUGCCCUAGCCUUAACCUGGGUGUAGCUGUAGUUCCAUCUUGAUUUGCCUGGCACAGUAGGAAGUGCCCUUUUACCUGCCAGGGGCUUUAGGAAGUUGCCCAUUACUUGCCAGGGUCACCUAAUCAGUUGACGGUAUAGAAAGUAGCUGAAAUUGCCCUCCUGUUCUAGGUACUCUAGUUUUACCUCGAAUUGCCCUCCUGUUCUAGGUACUCUAGUUUUACCUCGAAUUGCCCUCCUGUUCUAGCUACUCUAGUUUUACCUCAAGUAGCCCUCCUGUUCUAGGUACUCUAGUUUUACCUCGAAUUGCCCUCCUGUUCUAGCUACUCUAGUUUUACCUCAAGUAGCCCUCCUGUUCUAGGUACUCUAGUUUUACCUCGAAUUGCCCUCCUGUUCUAGCUACUCUAGUUUUACCUCGAAUUGCCCUCCUGUUCUAGCUACUCUAGUUUUACCUUGAAUUGCCCUCCUGUUCUAGGUACUCUAGUUUUACCUUGAAUUGCCCUCCUGUUCUAGGUACUCUAGUUUUACCUCGAAUUGCCCCCCCUGUUCUAGGUACUCUAGUUUUACCUCACAGCCCCAAUUGUAGGCUUCCCUAGAAUACAGCUCCUCACCUUGACAGGCGAACCUUUCCUCGAUGUGAUUGUAAUGGAGAGAUAGGAAAGGGUUAAUAUUCAGAAUUUUCUGCCUUCUGCUUUUUGGGCCUGCGCGGGGAACGCCCUCUUGCUUCUGCCUGCACGUUUCUAACUCUUGCGACUUGUUCAUGCCUUGCUGCCCUGACCUCCGUUUUGUUUCCACUGCUAACCAUGAACAGGAACUUCAAGCGCUCCAGCAUCCUCAGGAUGGCUCUGAUGGGGGCUGGAGAAGGGGACCAGGAGAAGGUUUCCCGGGAGUCCUUCCUGGUAAGGGCUGUGAAGAUCGCAUUGGUGGUAACGCUCUACUGGUUCAUCUCCAUCACCAUGGUGUUCCUCAACAAGUACCUGUUGGACAGCCCGUCCCUGAAGCUCGAUGCCCCGCUCUUUGUCACCUUCUACCAGUGCGUGGUCACGGUGGUUCUCUGCAAAGGUCUCAGCCUGCUCACCCACGUCGUUCCAUCGCACAUCCUGGAGUUCCCCUCUCUGCGCUUCGAUCUCAAAGUCCUCCGGACGGUCCUGCCGCUUUCCAUAGUUUUCAUCGGCAUGAUCACCUUUAACAACCUGUGCCUCAAGUAUCUCGGAGUGGCCUUCUAUACGGUGGGCCGGUGCCUUAGUACUGUGUUUAAUGUGCUGCUUUCCUACAUCAUGCUGAAGCAGACCACCUCCAUGUACGCACUGAUGUCCUGUGGAGUCAUUUUAGGAGGCUUCUGGCUGGGGAUAGACCAGGAGGGGGCAGAAGGCACACUCUCCUGGGCCGGAAUCUUCUUUGGCGUCCUGGCCAGUCUGUGCGUGUCUCUGAACGCCAUUUACACUAAAAAAGUCCUGCCAGCAGUGGACGGAAGCAUCUGGCGCCUGACUUUCUACAAUAACGUGAACGCUUGCUUCCUCUUCACCCCCCUGCUCUUCAUUUUCGGUGAAGUCGGCACCCUGUUUACCUUUGACAAACUGUUCGCAUUUUCCUUUUGGGGCAUGAUGACCCUGGGGGGGAUCUUUGGCUUCGCAAUAGGGUACGUGACGGGGCUGCAGAUUCAGUUCACCAGCCCCCUGACCCACAACAUCUCGGGGACAGCCAAAGCUUGCGCUCAGACAGUACUGGCUGUCAUGUACUACCAUCAGAUCAAAAGCUUUUUGUGGUGGACCAGCAAUUUAAUGGUACUGGGCGGUUCCUUCUCCUACACGUGGGUGAAGGGGCUAGAGAUGAAGAAAUCCCAGGGAGAGACCAAUCAGAGCCAGAGUAAUGGGGAAAAGAACUCAGUCGGGGUGUGAGACUGUCCAGCCGCAACGUUGGGCUCUAAUGAACAGUGGACGAGAUGAUAAUGAAUCGGGUUAUGGUCGGUUGAGGGUUAAAAUCUCAAAAUUAGGACACACAGGGUAUAUAGACCUUAUAGGUAAAGUAAAGAAGC